AAUAAAUGGAGUUAUGAAAAAUGUUGAAUCAAAGAGCAUAGAAGAACUAGGGAUAUCAUAUAUCAGGGGAAACUGCACCUACCCAACCCAUACCCAACAAAAAAACUACUUCCGUCGGCCGUCUCUGUUUCUCCGUCGUCAGACUCACCGAUCGGCGAUUCACAAACCCCAAAUUACACACACCCAACGUGUAAUCUCACACACAAACAUUCCCAAUUCCACCAAUGGAUUUGGAUCUGUGGAUAUCUAAGGUCAAAGAGGGCCAGCACUUGUCCGAAGACGAAUUGCAGCUCUUAUGCGAAUACGUAAAAGAUAUCUUGAUCGAGGAGUCAAAUGUUCAGCCAGUCAAUAGCCCAGUUACUGUUUGUGGUGAUAUUCAUGGUCAGUUUCAUGAUCUAAUGAAGCUUUUUCAGACUGGAGGUCAUGUACCAGAGACAAAUUACAUUUUUAUGGGGGAUUUUGUUGAUCGUGGUUACAACAGUUUGGAAGUUUUCACAAUACUUUUGCUUCUAAAAGCAAGAUACCCUGCAAACAUUACUCUUCUCCGUGGCAACCAUGAAAGCAGGCAAUUAACGCAGGUCUAUGGGUUCUAUGAUGAAUGCCAAAGAAAGUAUGGGAAUGCUAAUGCAUGGAGAUAUUGCACAGACGUUUUUGAUUAUCUAACGUUGUCAGCUAUAAUAGAUGGAACCGUAUUAUGUGUCCAUGGUGGCCUCUCACCCGACGUUAGGACUGUUGAUCAGAUUAGAGUUAUUGAACGGAACUGUGAGAUCCCGCAUGAAGGACCGUUUUGUGAUCUGAUGUGGAGUGACCCUGAAGACAUUGAAACGUGGGCCGUGAGUCCUCGUGGAGCCGGAUGGCUUUUUGGAUCCAGAGUUACAUCUGAGUUCAACCACAUCAACAAGCUUGAUUUGGUAUGCCGGGCCCACCAACUUGUCCAAGAAGGUUUAAAGUAUAUGUUUCAAGAUAAAGGACUUGUAACUGUUUGGUCUGCACCAAACUACUGUUAUCGUUGUGGCAAUGUGGCUUCAAUAUUGAGCUUCAGCGAGACUAUGGAGAGAGAGGUAAAGUUCUUCACGGAAACCGAGGAAAACAAUCAGAUGAGAGGUCCAAGAACAGGGGUACCUUAUUUUUUGUGAAGUAUUUUGUGCUGGAGAGAAAACAGAGACAGGUUAUGGUGCUGAAUAUGCGCAAUGAUGAUGAUGAUGGAGAAAACAAAAUGCAUUUUUAGCACUUGGUUUUUGUUUACAAGUUCAAUAUCUCUUGUUUAUUGUGUCACAUAAUUAAAUCAUAUUCAUGUGUUGUUGAUAUUCUGGUAGUAGACAGUAAUGCGCAACUUUUCGAUGGUUUGAAUUUCGAUUUAUUUGACAAACUUUCAUUGAAGCACCAUAGUAACAAAAGACUUGCUUCGAGAA